AUGGCCUCUAAUGGUGUGAAUGGAGGCGCCGAUGGCUCGCAUCCAGCGGUCACUGUGAACUUCACAGUAGACGAGAUCCGUGUGAUGAUGAACAAGAAGCGGAACAUCCGCAACAUGUCUGUCAUCGCACACGUAGACCACGGGAAGUCCACUUUGACGGACUCGUUGGUCUCGAAGGCCGGUAUCAUCGCUGCCUCGAAGGCGGGAGAGAUGCGCUUCACUGACACCCGAAAGGACGAACAGGAGAGAUGUAUUACCAUUAAGUCGACCGCCAUUUCCAUGUAC